UAUGAACUCGCAACAAGCAGCAGCAGCAGUAGCGGCAGGCGUCUCGAAUGCAACUAUCUUCAAACCUCUUGGAUUUUACAUCAGAGGAUUUUCUUCUCUCCAGCAGAGUGAUUAUUAUUUCAUUUUUCUGUUAGUGUUGUACAUCUUUACGUUGCUGGCAAAUAUUUUGAUCAUGUUGAUUAUAUGGUUUACAGAGAGUCUGCACACACCGAAAUACAUUGCUGUUUUUAGUUUAGCCGUGGUAGAUAUAAGCUACAGCACAGCACUAAUUCCGAAAUCUGUUGAUAUUUUUAUUUUUAACUCUAGGUUUGUCUUUUAUGACCCUUGUUUAACUCAGAUGUUUUUUGUACACUAUUUUUCGGCAAUGGAAUCGUUUGCGCUAUCGGUUUUAGCUUAUGACAGAUUAAUUGCUAUAUGCUUCCCUUUAAGAAGCAAUACACUUAAUACAAACAGAAGAAUGAUUUUAAUUGUUACUAUUUCAUGGACUUUUCCUUUCAUUGUUGUCCUGACAAUGGUUUUUUUAAUACCCCGCUUGUCCUUCUGCCGAUCUACAACUGUAAACAGUUAUUUUUGCGAUCACGGGCCAUUGUUUAAAAACGCAUGCAACGAUUACUCUGUCAAUUGGUUCAUGGCUGCAUUCUAUAUCGUUGUAUUAUUCUUCACUCCCUUGUUCUUCAUCGUGAUGUCAUAUGUUUGCAUCAUAGUUUCCCUGCUGAAAAUUGCUUCCAAAAUCGGGAGAAUGAAAGCAUUUAAAACUUGUACGGCUCAUUUAACCUUGGUAGCAAUUUUCUAUACUCCACUUCUGGUGACGUAUAUUAUUGCAUGGGUUAACGUGACGAUCGACACAGAUGCCAGAAUUUAUAACACGUCCCUGUCCUCGUGCAUUCCUCCUCUGGUUAACCCAAUUGUAUACACUUUAAAAACAGAAGAAAUUCUAGAACGAGUCAAAAGGUGCAUCACAAAAAUUAAAGUUGGUUUUACGCGUUAACAUGCAUUCUGCUGGCUCGUCCUCGGCAAACAAGCGUGCUUUUAAGAAACAAAAUACAAGAAGAUUAGUAUGCUCUGUUUUGUCGUUUAGCCAUCCACUUUUUCUUAAGUUUUCUUUCUUUCAUCCGGCUGAAGAUAUACCAGGGGUAAAGGGAAACAUAAAAGAAUUUGCUCCCAGGGACCUUUGAAUUCUAGAAUCCUGCUUAAUUCUAGUACGGAUCCUGCUUUCGGAAUGUGUAUGUUAAGGGUAAUUAUUCUUAUUUGCAGACGUGUGUCCUGAUUACAAUUGACUUAUGCUGCCUCUUAGCUAAUUUUUUUGAAUCUGUAAGUGACCUCUGUUUUUGUACUUUCCUGCUGCAAACAACUUUUUAAACGGCAUAAUAAAGUUCACAUAAUUUGGAUUUGCAUAUUUCUGCCGUUGUCUCGUUUCGUCCCUGCCUUAUUAACGAAAUCUUCGUUAAAUUACUAUUUUUCCCAGCCCCACUUACUUUUCGAAGUGAUCGAAUAACAAUUUUCAAAGUCAUUAUUAUUAUACUGUACUGUAAUUGAUAGUCUUUAGCUGCUUUUUAAUGACUUGUGCUUUCCACAAUAGCUUUUUAAUCACUUAAAAGUCCAUAAUAACAACAGAAACAACAAAUACAGAAAGUCUCACUUCGAGUAAUUUUUGGUAUGACUUUAACCAGUAAUCAAAUAAAAUGUGAUUAAGUGGCAAUAUCUAAAUGUACAUGCUAACCGACAGCAUUAAGUAGCUAACCGAUAGCAUGAAGUAAUAAGAAACGGUGAUGCAGACCUCAUAAACCGUUUACUGCCAACGUUGUAAUUUUGCUAUAUGUGAAAACCGCUCGUCCGUUUCUGGAUUUAGCUGGCUCCUAUGUUGUAGCAUCCGGCACAUGGCAGAGAAC